AUGAUUCAUGAACAAGCUGAUUUCAAAACCCUCGACUCUGCUGAUAUCAUGGAGAGGCUGAACACCCAUGAGGAACAAGAAGAAGAGAAAAGAGAUCUCUAUGGCUUGAGUCAGCGCAAAAAUCAUGCUCUCAAGGCUGUACCUAAUUCUUCCUCCGAUGGAAAUGUCGAAGAAGAUUUAGAUGAUCCAGAAAGUGGAAGAUAUGAUUCUAGCAACUAUCGAGGCAAAAGCAAGAGCAAGAACUACAACUCCGAUGAUGAGAAUAAAACGAAGAAGUUCUUCAAGAAGAAGGACAACUCCACUUCAAAAUCUUUGUCAAGAUCUUCAUCAAGGAACCCUUCCAAAUCCUCCUCCAACCGCAAGAAUAACUCUUGCAAGGAGAUAGAUUCUGAUGAAGAAGAAUAUUUUGACUUCGAAGAAGCUGAUGAAUCCGAUUAG